CCGCGAAAGGCCACCUCGGCAGCGACAGCCCGGGAGGGAGGUGAAGGUCGGCCUGGUUUUCUGCACUCCCGGGCUGGGCAAGAGAGUGAAAGAAGAGUGAAGAGAGUGUGAGACCAGGCCAUUGCCUCGCGGCUCUAGCCGCUCUCCCUCCCCGACCUGCCCCGCUUGUUUGGAUUUAAUCUUCAGGUUGCCGGCGCCCGCCCGCCGGCCUCGCGGAGUGAGGGGAAGCACCCGAGCCUGUGGCUGGCGCCUGCCGAGUCCGGACACCACCCGUCCUCUUCGCUUGCCCGCGGCAGCCGCGUCCCUGAACCGCGGGGUCGUGUUUGUGUUUGACUCGCGGGCGCCGGCAGCGGGGCGCGCGGCCGAGGCCAGUGCCGGCGGGGCGGGGCGGGGCGGGCGCGGCGGAGGCGGAGGAAGAGGGAGCAGGAUCCCUGGGAGGUAGGGCGCCGCCAUGGAACUGGGCCCGGAGCCACCGCACCGCCGCCGCCUGCUCUUCGCCUGCAGCCCCCCUCCCGCACCUCAGCCCGUCGUGAAGGCGCUGUUCAGCACGCCAGCCGCCGGGGGCCUGUCGCCUGUCACCAACCUGACGGUCACCAUGGACCAGCUGCAGGGACUGGGCAGUGAGUAUGAACAGCCACUGGAGGUGAGGAAUAGCAGUCUGCAGAGAAUGGGCUCCUCCGAAUCAACUGAUUCAGGCUUCUGUCUGGAUUCUCCUGGGCCCUUGGAUAGUAAAGAAAACCUUGAAAAUUCCAUGAGGAGAAUAAAUUCCCUGCCUAAGCUCUUGGGGUGUAGCCCAGCUCUGAAGAGGAGCCAUUCUGAUUCUCUUGACCAUGAUGUCUUUCAGCUAAUUGACCAGGAUGAGAACAAGGAAAACGAAGCCUUUGAGUUUAAGAAGCCAGUAAGACCUGCAUCUCGAGGCUGCCUGCAUGCUCAUGGACUGCAGGAGGGUAAAGAUCUCUUCACACAGAGGCAGAACUCUGCCCCAGCUCGGAUGCUUUCCUCAAACGAAAGAGAUGGCAGUGAACCAGGGCAUUUCACUCCUUUUUUUAUGCCCCAGUCACCUGUGACUGCCACUUUGUCUGAUGAGGAUGAUGGCUUCAUGGAUCUUCUCGAUGGAGAGAAUCUGAAGAAUGAUGAAGAGACGCCGUCCUGCAUGGCAAGCCUCUGGACAGCUCCCCUUGUCAUGAGAAGAACUACAAACCUGGGCAAUCGUUGCAAGCUGUUUGACUCCCCUUCCACGUGUAGCUCCACCAUCCUGUCAACGUUGAAAAGAACAGACCGAUCGCAAGAGGAGUCCCCACGUGGAAAUAGGAAGCGGAGGAAGAGCGUGGCUGGGGCCAGUCCCGAAGAGGCAGCUAGUCCAAAGAAGCCCCAGGAGAUUCUACAUCAGUCUUUAUCCCUGGUAUCUUCCCCAAAAGGGACCAUUGAGAAUAUUUUGGAUAAUGACCCAAGGGACCUUAUAGGAGACUUCUCCAAGUGUUACCUCUUUCAUACAGUUGCUGGAAAGCAUCAGGAUUUAAAAUACAUCUCUCCAGAAAUUAUAGCGUCUGUUUUGAGUGGCAAGUUUGCCAACCUCAUUAAAGAGUUUGUUAUCAUUGACUGCCGAUACCCAUAUGAAUAUGAGGGAGGCCACAUCAAGGGUGCAGUGAACUUGCACAUGGAAGAGGAGGUUGAAGACUUCUUACUCAAGAAGCCCAUCGUACCUACGGAUGGCAAGCGUGUCAUCGUGGUGUUCCACUGCGAGUUUUCUUCUGAGCGAGGCCCUCGCAUGUGCCGAUAUGUGAGAGAGAGAGAUCGGCUUGGUAACGAGUACCCCAAACUCCACUACCCGGAGCUGUAUGUCCUGAAGGGCGGAUAUAAGGAGUUCUUCCUGAAAUGCCAGUCUCACUGCGAGCCCCCCAGUUACCGGCCCAUGCACCACGAGGACUUUAAAGAAGACCUGAAGAAGUUUCGCACCAAGAGCCGGACCUGGGCCGGGGAAAAGAGCAAGAGAGAGAUGUAUAGCCGUCUGAAGAAGCUCUGAAGGUCUCAGUGCCAGACAGCAGCAGCCUGAGCCUCCCUCCCUACCCCCCUCCCCUCUUUGCUGCAGAGAAACUUGAGCAAAGGGGCCAGCCGUGUGACAUUUGGAGAGAAGGCCUGAGGCUUCCAUGUCUUAAACCUACCUCCCACUCUCCCAGGGUUGGAGCCCAGAGCAUUCUGCUGGCUCUUCUGUCCCUGUAAGUCGUCCUUCUGCAACAGGACGGUCUGCCAAGGCUGUCACGUGCCACAGCACAGUUCCAAGCACCAAGUCAAGAUGUUCUGACUCCUCAUCCCCCACAGCUGGAUGAGCUGCCUGGGCCUCGUUGGGUACUGGCCUUCUCCCCUGAGGGGAGGGGUAGGAGAGUCUGAGUGGAGAGAAGACUCACAAAUGCUGCUGGCCAAAUACCAAAGACGGCCUGCGAAGGAAAGGUCUUUGUGGGAUAACCCAUAUCAUUAAUUUAUUCAACUUCAUCAGUCACUUUCUUUUCUUUCUUUUUUUGUAAUCAACUCCUGGAGACUUUUAUUUAACUGCUUCUUUAAGUUACAAUACUGCCAUCCUAGGUGGGGUUUUAUCAUCCCAGGGACUACCUCUGCCUUUAAUUUUUAAAAAAAAAAGAAAAAGGGAGGGGGAAGAAGAGGGACAUGAGUUGUGGGACAGAGAACUAGGCACUCUGUCACCCCCAGGAGGCGCUGCAGUACUGGGGCUGCUGCUAUUUACAGCCAAGGACUGAGAUACUGGUGGGAGCAGGCCCCAGACUCAGGCUUGGCUACAGGACAUAAGCUAAACCUCCCAGACCUACCUCGAAGGCCCCUGAGAUCUACUGGGGUGACCCUGCUCGCUGUGAUGUUGCUGGUCUAGGAGUCACGGUCAGGAAAGCACUUGAGGCGGCUUCCAUUGGGCCACCCCCAGGUCAGUGUUGGAACAUGGUAGAGCAGGGAUCCCAGUGUAGGCGGGCAGGGAUGGGGGGCUCUGCCAGAUAAGGGAAGGGAGUAUAUAUUGAGUGUCUUUCUUCUAUUGCUCUGAUACUCUUUGAUCGCUUCUAUUUUAAUUUUUUAAAAAUAGUCAUUUUAUGAUCAAGGAGUAUCAAAUCAGUGUUGGCUGGGCCACCCAAGGCUGGGGAGAGGGGCUGGAAGCCCUGGGCAUUAGAAGGGAGUGGGUGCUGGCAGAGAUGACUAUAGAAUGUGUUUCUCAGGAGGCAGCGUGGUGGAUUUUGAAGGUAAAACUUUGAGUUUAUCAUGUUUCAAUUUGAGGGACAGGGAGAGAUGGAUCAUCACCAGUUGCCCCUCAUCUCAUCCCACAGAAGUGGGGGUCUCAAAGGAACACCUCCCAGGGAGCUGGGGCUGAGUUGAUUGACUCUAGACAGGCCUGUUUGGUUCCUGUUCAUCCCCACCCUUAGGUGCUGGCUUCCUCACCAUCUUUGUUCCAUUGGGGUAUAGCGAAGUUUUUCUUAUAUAGCAGAUUCAGUCUCCCCUCUUGCCCCGGCUUCCUGUUCUGGGGGCGGGGAGAGAAUCAGUGAUACUGGAGAUGACUGGUUGCUGUGUUAUGGGUUUGAGUUGCAUUUGACUAUAAAACAAUCUUGUUAGAAAAAGUAUGUGGGAAGGAGGGGAGCAGGGGGAGAAGGCCUCUUCCCCCACACACACUGAGACACAUCUUAAUUAGUCUGUAAUCUUUAUUGUAGGGAUUCUGUUGGUUGAAUGCCUGAAAAGGGAGGUGGGAUGGCCUUUAGAAUGUACCAGCUUAGUAACAUUGGUAACCAACUGUUGCAGGCUCUGAAAAUAAAAACAAUCUUGAACCC